GUUGUAAGAAACUUGUGAACAGAUAGCUAAGUGCUUUGCCGCCCUCGUAUCGUUUUUGUAAAGACUAUAUAGGCAUAAUAUCUUGGUUGCAUCGAUGGGUAGUUAUUCAAUGUAUUUUAAUGUGGUUGUUGGUUCGUCAAGAAGUGCUUGGAUGGGCAACAGCUCAGCCUCUCUCAAGGUGACAGCCCUGGUUCGCCUGCUUCCCCAGCUUCGCCUUCAACCAACCGCUCCUCGACGAGCUUGAGGCGAUCGAAGGCCCAGCUCUUCGAAGAAACGUUUGCGGAGCUGAUGCAAAAGCGCUUGGACAGUGCCAGAAGCCCUGCAGAGCGUCAGUACCAGGCUGACUUGAUGGAGUCCGCCUACAAGGAAGUGAGGAAGACAUUGAGCGAGUCGGACCCCUUCUUUUUUCAGGAAGAGGAUGUGGCGGUGGAUGAGUUGCAACAGUUCCCUGAGAUUCGGGGCCUUGCGCGCUCUCAAUCUGCCAGCUCAGACAGUGGCAAUGAACGAGCUCGCCCUGACUCGGAGGUCUUGACGUCCCGCAUCUCCAGGACGAUCUCUGGAAACUCCUUGGUGAAGUCCAGAUCUUGGGCACAAGCAGGAUCAUUGGGACGAACACCCUCCUGGCAAAUCCGUGCGCACAGCCGUUUUCGCAGCUUGCGACUGCCCAGGGCAGUCCGAGUGGAGGCGAAGCAAAAACCCACGCGGCAAACGGCGGUGCACCCCUUUGGCCGGCGCCGGCUGAUGCCCUUGUUGCUCCCCUGGAAACCAGAGGACCCCCACACCCUCCACUUGGGAGAGUUGGGAGAGGUGAAGGGUCAUGAGGCCCAGCACGUCAUCGCACCAUUCCCAGCGGCUCCCAUGCAGUCGGUACAAGAUCAGCAGAUGAAGAGAGAAGCCCUGGUGAACCAGGAUAGCCGCGCGGCUACCCCGAUUGUGGAGUCUGCACAGGAUUCGGUGGAGACGCAGCGAAGAGCCGUUGAGGAGGUCAUGCUUCCACCCUCCAGUCGACCAUCCAGCCGACCCUGCUCUGCCCAGUCCGUCAAGGCGGCUGGCCAGUACAUGGGCCUCUUGGUGUGCUCGGAGAGACCUGAGACGCUUUUGGAUGAAAGCUCUUCAAGCUCGAAGCUUGGGCAAGUCACCAUCUCCCAGGAGCUCCCCGUCCACGGCCUGCGGCGCUACUUGACGCCGGAGCAGUUCCGUGCCCGUCUGGAGGCAUCUCAAGCAGAGGCGCCAAGCAAAGAAGCGGAGCGGGACUACCAGCAGAUCUUACAGGAGGACUGGACUCCAAUCGACAAAGAGAAGCUGGACGUAAUGUUGCAGGAGGCGCACUUUGAGGAACCGCUUCCACGCGUGGCCAUAGAGAAAGCGGCAGAGGAGCUGCGGAGUAGCCUUUAUGAAGCCCUAGUCGAGGACGCGAACAAGCCCGGGGAAGAGGAGGCCUACUUGGAUGCACCCUUGGAUGAGGCUCUUAUGAGGCCAGCCACUCCCGCCUGGCUGCAGGAGAUUGUGAGGCCGGACACGGCGAAUCAGGAGUUGUGCCCAAGCGAGCCAGAGAAUGAGAUUCCACUCUCAGAGUUCACGGUGAAGGAGUCACCAGAGAGUUGGUUGGAGGGUACACCGAGCCCUUGGGAGAUCAAAGCGCCAAGUGCUGAGCAAGUCCUAUCACAGGUCACACCUGAGAAUCCCUCUGCUCCGUGCAGCAGCCGUGCUUCCACAGGUACUCCACGCGCCUUCGUGGCACAAGGGCAGCGGUGUCGCUCUGCCUCUGCUCAGGAUACAAGCCCUGUCACCUUGCCAGCGAUCCACACUCCCGUCCCUGAGGAGCCCCGCUCAGAGGUGACCCCUAUGUGCAGUGCCGAGCAGAAGCCAAGGUCCCAUGCGGAAGCAUCCAAGCCACAGAGUGCACGUUCAGGGCGCCAAGCUUCUCAUCCUCUGCCACAUCCAGAUCGUGCAGAUCGCCGGGAUUCACAGGCGCUUCCUCUAUGUAGUGCCGAAUUGCAAAGGUGCCGGGUGGAAGGACCCAAGCCUCAGAGUGCACGAGGCACUGGGCGCAAAGCUUCGCCCAGGCCCAUGCCCACUCCAGAUCGGAGAGAGUCUCAGGCCUCUUCUAUGGCGCUGGCUGCCAGCUUUCAACAGCAGCUCCUGACGAAGAUGAAGGGAGGUCGCAAAACACCGGCAAAACAGGACGACAAAAGCCUCCAGGCCUGGUGGAAUGUCUUGGCUGGAGAGCCCAAAGUCCAACGUGUGCUCUCCCAGGGCUUGGCUGCGCAGCUGACCUCGGAAUGUAGUUAUUUGGCCACCAGUGGCAAAAUGCACAUCCCGCAGCGCCGCUUUUAUUCCAAAGGCUGAGAGGCACAGCUGUGUAGGUCCACGUAGGUUUCACCAGGAAGCAGUGUCGCCGACAAGGCAUGCUUCAUGUACGCGUGUGCAUCUCCAGUUGGAGUAUGCCAACGUGAGCCUGGCGAAAUGGCUAGGCAAGACAGCUUGGGCUUUGGAUCAUACGUGCACACCUGGU